ACUUGGACCAAAUUUCUCCGAACUCUCGGCGGCCGCUGCCGUUGAUCCUUUGAUAUUUGUGUUGGGGAAUGGGAUAAGGCACUGGAAUCACCCAUCUGCGAUAUUUCUUCCUCCAAAAACUAAGCUCCCUCCCAUGGCGGCUCCUCUUUCUUCCUCUCUCGAUAUCAAACUCAAACUCAAACCAACGCCGCCCUUGUUCUUCACUUCCCCUCUCCGGCGAAACAAUUUCACCAAGCGAUUUACAGUUCUCUGUACCUCCUCCUCCAAAUCCCCUCGAUCCACCGACAAAAAGAACCCAUCUCUAUCGGAGCAGCUCAAAGACCUCUCCACAUCGACUCUUUCCAAUGCAUCCAACGACGAAUCCCAUCUCUUAUCGAACCCUAAAUCCAUUUGGGUGAAUCCCACCAAGCCCAAGCGCUCGGUUCUGUCACUCCAGAGACAAAAACGUUCUUCUUACUCUUAUAACCCCAAGAUGCGAGAGCUUAAAACCUUCGCCCAUAAGCUCAAUGCAUCCGAUUCCUCUGAAGCUGCUUUCAUGGCGGUUCUUAAGGAAAUCCCUCAUCCACCCACUAAAGAAAAUGCCCUUCUCAUUCUCAAUAGCUUGAAGCCAUGGCAGAAAACCCAUUUGUUCUUCAAUUGGAUUAAGACCCAGAAUCUGUUUCCUAUGGAGACUAUCUUCUACAAUGUGGCUAUGAAGUCUUUGAGGUAUGGUAGGCAGUUUCAGCUCAUUGAAGAACUAGCAAAUGAGAUGAUUAACACUGGGAUUGAGCUUGAUAACAUUACUUAUUCUACUAUUAUCACUUGUGCUAAGAAGUGCAGUAGGUUUGAUAAGGCAAUGGAAUGGUUUGAGAGAAUGUAUAGAACUGGUUUGAUGCCCGAUGAGGUUACUUACUCUGCUAUUUUAGAUGUUUAUGCAAAUUUGGGGAAGGUUGAGGAGGCUCUUAGUUUGUAUGAGAGAGGGAGGGCUAGUGGUUGGAAGCCUGAUCCUUAUACGUUUUCUGUGUUGGGGAAGAUGUUUGGAGAGGCAGGGGAUUAUGAUGGGAUUAUGUAUGUUUUGCAAGAAAUGAAGUCUAUUGAGGUGCAGCCUAAUCUUGUGGUGUAUAACACCUUGUUGGAUGCAAUGGGGAAGGCUGGGAGGCCUGGUUUUGCAAGAAGCUUGUUCGAGGAAAUGAUUGAAUCGGGGAUAACGCCGAAUGAGAAGACGUUAACUGCUCUGGUUAAGAUUUAUGGGAAGGCAAGGUGGGCUCGGGAUGCUUUGGAGCUGUGGGAGCGGAUGAGGUCGAAAGGGUGGCCGAUGGACUUCAUUUUGUAUAAUACAUUGUUGAAUAUGUGUGCAGAUCUUGGUUUGGAGGAGGAAGCUGAGAAGCUAUUUGAAGAGAUGAAGAAAUCGGAGCAUUCUAGACCGGAUAGUUGGAGCUAUACGGCGAUGUUGAAUAUACAUGGUAGCGGAGGUAAUGUAAAAAGAUCGAUGGAGUUGUUUGAAGAAAUGCUCGAGUUGGGUGUUGGGAUUAAUGUGAUGUGUUGCACUUGUUUGAUUCAAUGCUUGGGGAAGGCUAGGAGGAUCGAUGAUCUAGUUCGAGUUUUCGACGUUUCUGUACGAAAAGGAGUUGAGCCAGAUGACAGGCUUUGUGGUUGCUUGUUGUCUGUUGUGUCCUUGUGUGACAACAAUGAAGAUAUUAGCAAGGUAUUCACUUGUCUACAACAAGCUAACCCAAAGUUAGUUGCCUUUGUAAAUCUACUGCAACAAAAUGACAUUACCUUCGACGUUAUCAAAGACGAAUUCAGAACCAUUCUCGGCGAGACCGCCACCGAAGCCCGACGACCUUUCUGCAAUUGCUUGAUUGAUAUAUGUCGAAACCAAAAUCUUUCCAAGAGAGCUCACGAGCUGCUCUACUUGGGAAGUUUAUAUGGACUGUACCCAGGCCUACACAACAAAACCGAAGGUGAAUGGUGCCUAGAUGUUCGAUCUCUAUCGGUAGGCGCAGCUCAGACUGCACUCGAAGAAUGGAUGAUAACUCUAUCAAAAAUCGUACAACGAGAAGAAGCAUUACCUGAAUUGUUAUCAGCUCAAACCGGUGCAGGAACUCACAGGUUUUCUCAAGGACUUGCCAAUUCAUUCGCUUCUCAUGUCGAGAAGCUAGCUGCUCCGUUUCGAUUGCGAGAAGAUCGGGCUGGUUGGUUUGUAGCCACGAGGGAGGAUGUCGUUGCUUGGGUACAUUCAAGAGUACCAUCUGUGGCUACCAGAGCUUAACCAGCAGCCAUCUUUCAUCACUACAAUGUAUGAGUUAAUGCAAAAAGUAUAUAUAAUAGAGUUCUUCUGAUCGAAUUUUGCU